CUUCCCAACCCCUCGGCUCCCGGGGUCCGAGGCCAGCGAGCGGGCUGUGGGCGGGCGUGCAGCGGCGGCAGGAAGGGGCGGGGGGCUCCAGAGCCCCAGCAGGAAGAGGCGAACCCACCGGCCACCGCGAGCCCAGUGCGUCCGCGCCUUGGACCCCGCCAUGUGGGGUCUCCUGCUCGCCUUGGCCACCUUCGCGCCUGCCGUCGAUGUGGGUCUAGGGGCGCCCAGCACCUCCGUGCUGGGCCUGGCGUCGCCCGCGACCACCAAGGUCCCGGUCCCGACCCCCCAUAGCAGCCCGGCACAGCCGUCCGCGGGGAAGGAGAACGGGACUUCAGAACAGCAUGUCCGGAUUCGAGUCAUCAAGAAGAAAAAGAUCGUCAUGAAGAAGCGAAAGAAGCUAACUCGCCCCAGACCCCCAGUGACUGCCAGGCCUUCAGUGACCACCAGCCCUUCAGGGACCCUUGACCUCCCUAAGAAGCAAGAACCAGACUGUCCCCCUUUGGGCCUAGAGUCCCUGCGAGUUUCAGAUAACCAGCUCGAUGCAUCUAGUAGCCAAUCCUUUGGUCUUGGACCACACAGAGGACGGCUCAACAUCCAGUCAGGCCUGGAAGAUGGUGAUCUUUUUGAUGGGGCCUGGUGUGCCGAGCAGCAGGAUGCCGAGCCAUGGCUUCAGGUGGAUGCUAGGCACCCCACCCGCUUCUCGGGCAUUAUCACACAGGGCAGGAACUCCAUCUGGAGAUAUGACUGGGUCACUUCAUACAAAGUCCAGUUCAGCAAUGACAGUCGGACCUGGUGGGGGAGUAAGAAUCGCAGCAGCGGGAUGGAUGCGGUAUUUCCUGCCAAUUCGGAUCCAGAGACACCAGUGCUAAAUCUCCUGCCCGAGCCCCAGGUGGCCCGUUUCAUUCGCCUGCUGCCCCAAACCUGGCUCCAGGGAGGUGCAUCUUGCCUCCGGGCAGAGAUCCUGGCCUGCCCGGUCUCAGAUCCCAAUGGUCUAUUCCCUGAGGUUCCCAUGCUGGGAUCCUCGGACUCACUAGACUUCCGGCAUCAUGAUUAUAAAGCCAUGAGGAAGCUGAUGAAGCAAGUGAACGAACAAUGCCCCAACAUCACCCGCAUCUACAGCAUCGGGAAGAGCCACCAGGGCUUGAAGCUGUAUGUGAUGGAAAUGUCCGACCAGCCCGGGGAGCAUGAGCUGGGAGAGCCUGAGGUGCGCUAUGUGGCCGGCAUGCAUGGGAAUGAGGCCUUGGGGCGGGAGUUGCUCCUGCUUCUAAUGCAGUUCCUGUGUCAUGAGUUCCUGAGAGGGGACCCGAGGGUGACCCGGCUGCUCACCGAGACGCGCAUUCACCUGCUGCCCUCCAUGAAUCCUGACGGCUACGAGACUGCCUUCCGCCGGGGCUCAGAGCUGGUGGGCUGGGCAGAGGGACGCUGGAACCAUCAGGGCAUUGAUCUUAACCAUAAUUUUGCUGACCUCAACACACCACUGUGGGAAGCAGAAGAUGAAGGGCUGGUACCUGACACUGUCCCCAACCAUCACCUGCCACUGCCCACUUACUACACUCUGCCCAAUGCCACUGUGGCUCCUGAAACAUGGGCAGUGAUCAAGUGGAUGCAGCGGAUCCCUUUUGUGCUAAGUGCCAACCUCCACGGGGGUGAGCUCGUGGUAUCCUACCCCUUCGACAUGACUCGGACUCCGUGGGCUGCCCGUGAACUCACGCCCACCCCAGAUGAGGCUGUGUUUCGCUGGCUCAGCACUGUCUAUGCGGGCACUAAUCGGGCCAUGCAGGACCCAGAUCGACGACCCUGCCACAGCCAGGACUUCUCCCUGUACGGCAGCAUCAUCAACGGGGCUGACUGGCACACAGUUCCUGGGAGCAUGAAUGACUUCAGCUACCUACACACCAACUGCUUUGAGGUCACUGUGGAGCUGUCCUGUGACAAAUUCCCUCAUGAGAACGAACUGCCCCAGGAGUGGGAGAACAACAAAGAUGCCCUUCUCACCUACCUGGAACAGGUGCGCAUGGGCAUUGCUGGAGUUGUGAGGGACAAAGACACAGAGCUUGGGAUUGCUGAUGCCGUCAUUUCUGUAGAUGGAAUUAACCAUGAUGUAACAACAGCAUGGGGUGGGGAUUAUUGGCGCCUGCUGACCCCAGGGGACUACAUGGUGACCGCCAGCGCGGAGGGCUACCACACAGUGACACGGAGCUGCCGGGUCACCUUUGAAGAGGGCCCUGUGCCCUGCAAUUUCCGCCUCACCAAGACUCCCAAACAGAGACUUCGAGAGCUGCUGGCAGCUGGGGCCAAGGUGCCCCCGGACCUUCGGAGGAGGCUGGAACGGCUGAGGGGACAGAAGAAUUAACACUUCCAGUUGAAGAGCCCCAGAGGCUUGGGCAGGCUGGACCUGCCCAGAACUGGAGGAGGGGUCACUGAGUGGGGAGGGGAGGACAGGGUGUAGGGGAAAGGUGCUUGGGCUCAUUAAAGCUAGUUGGCACCUCA